AGCAUGGAAUAUGCGAAAACCUUUGUCCCACCGUCUCUGAUGAGGUCAAUGUCCUCAAUGUCCACAUCCAUCUCCCAACGCAUCCUACCCCCUGUCCAGCCCCGCCCUUACAGGGUCUGCACGCAGAAGCGCCGUCGGAAGAAAGGCAUCAUGGCCACAUCUCUGGAAGACCUUCUAGAAAAAACGGCCAGGUCUUUCCUGCUGACAUGUCAGUUCCUGACCCUGGUGCUGGAGGAGGAUGGGACGGUGGUGGACUCUGAGGCCUUUUUCCAGUCUCUGCCCACCAACACACAGUUCAUGGUGCUGGAGAAAGGGGAGAGGUGGAUCCCAGGCAAAGGGGCUGUUCCGCGUUUUAGGCAGUCCAGGAAAAAUGAAAUCGCCAAACUGAGCUUUGACUUCUACAAACUGGACCCAAAGGACUUUUUCGGCUGUCUCGCCAUCAAAGCCUCUCUUUAUGAGAUAUAUACCCUCUCCUAUGACAUCAGGUGCACCAAGGUUAAGUACAUUGUGAAGUCUUUGAUGCGAUGCAUGUUGUAUGCAGCUAGAGUUUUUGGGCAGUGUCUUCUGUGUUGCUCCACGACUAUUUUGCAGUACAUUGGUGAUGAUGACUUUUGUACUCCAACACCCAGUAACCCCAAAUAA